GUCGGGUUGAUGGUCUGUCAGCAAUUGGGCGGAAUCAAUGGGGUCUGCUUCUAUGUCAGUGAUAUUUUUGAGCAAUCAGGAUUUUCUCCUAACGUCGGAACUAUAACCUACGCCAUUCUUCAGGUUGUCGUAACUGGCCUUGGUGCAGCCGUAAUGGAUAAAGCGGGAAGAAAGCCUCUAAUUUUGGCUUCUGCAUCAGGGUUGAUACUUGGCUGUGUCCUCGUUGCCAUUUCAUUCUUUCUGAAGGUUCAUGAAUUGGCAUUCGAUGCAGCUCCCAUAUUUUCUGUAGCAGGCAUAUUGAUCUUUAUAGGAUCUUUUUCAAUCGGAAUGGGAGCAGUUCCAUGGGUUAUAAUGUCAGAGAUAUUCCCUAUAAACAUUAAAGGACAGGCCGGAAGCUUAACAACGCUAGUGAACUGGGUCGGUGCAUGGCUGUGUUCCUACACCUUCAACUUUCUUAUGAGUUGGAACUCCUAUGGUACAUUCCUUCUGUAUGCAGUGAUCAAUGUUCUAGCUGUGUUGUUCGUGAUUGCGGUUGUGCCUGAAACAAAGGGAAAAACCCUGGAACAAAUCCAAGGAGAAAUUAACAACUGAAAGAACCAGAGAAAUGAAGAGCAACCUAUGUCCGAAAUUCACAUUGAAAAUUUUGGUAGAUUAGUCCAGCCACCUGGUAGAUGGAAGAUUUUGAAACCACAAGAUGAUCCACAGCUGCUUUUUUUAGAUAGUUAAAUUGAUUCAUGACAGAACUGUAUUUGUUCUAACAUAUAUAGCUUUUAUUUACCGCGCAAGAGCGGUAAAUAAACAAGAACCAGAAUAUAAACAAGGUCAGAAACUCCGAGUUGCAGACAUCCUGAUUAUCGAAAAAAUAUUACAAAAUUUGUUUUUUCAACAAUGUAUAUGUACACUAUAUCUUCAAUUUGGGGUUCAAGAUGAUAUAUCAUGCAGUAAUCGGACUCCCUGCCAAGAGUAAACCUUGAAUUAUCUUCCCCAUCAAGAAAUUAUGAAAUCGUAACAAGAGCAGAUUCUUCAAGCAACCGAACAAUGUCACGAUUUCUUAUGAUCUUGGGUGGUUUCUAUCGACUAGCUGGUGCUCCAUUCCCGACGGCUACCUGUGAUAGUCCGUCAAAGCUACCGGACUUUACAGCACAGCAAAAGG